UCAACCUUAAAAUGGUCUUUAGAGGAGUAAGAAUUUUCUUGAAUUUUUUCACCCUUAUCUCAGGCAGAAUAAUUAGCAAAGAGCUUCUAAAGGCCAGGUAUGCAGUAUGUAGCUGAAUGGUAUUUAUCUAUCUAUUUAUUUACAAUAUAUUGAUAUAAACAUUGGGACAUUGGGACAGUGACACUGGAACAUUUUUUAAAGUGGGGGUGCUGAAAGACAUUGAACAAAACUGUAACCCCUGGAUAUGAUGGAAGUCACCCCCAGCAGUCCUACAGUAAUCACUCAGCUCACUCUGCCUGUUCCCCCAGUCGGUCACUAACUAUAUAUUUGUCACAGGGAAAGCAGUUUAAUCCUCUAGUUCAAGUCAGUCAAGGGGGCGGAGUAGCUCUGUUAUUGCGUGUUGUGUUCUGUGACCAGUUAUUAGGACUGAAGCAAUACAGCGUGUGAUGGUUGUCAGACCUGCAGUUUCAAGCAAAUACAUUUGAGUGGAACUGUUCUCCGGUAUUUCACUGAAUCAAGCAGAUGAGUAUCUUGUCAUGGCACCUCAGCGGUAUUGUUUGUACGGCGCUAAUAUUUCUCUACGUCACUCAGUUAAGCACAGGUCUGAAGUGCAUAUGCCUGGUGUGUACCAAUCAUAUUUGUGAAACUGAGGGGGCCUGUUGGAACUCAGUGAUGCUGCGUAAUGGAAAGGAAGAAGCUUUGAAGUCUUGUGUAUCUCCUCAUCAAAUGAAAGGGCAAAUCUUCUGCCCCAGUUCCAGUAGUAUUUUAAGAAGAGAAUGCUGUUUUACUGAUUUCUGUAACAAUGUAACACUGCACCUGCCCAAAGUUGGAAAUGUGUCUAGUACACCAAGCUGGGGACCUUUGAAGCUGGCUGUAGUCAUAGUCAUACCGGUUGGUUUAUUGUGUUUGGCUGCUAUUCUGGCAGUCUGCACUCUCCGUGGCCAGCAAUGCCAUUAUAAUAAGACUAAAAGGCAUGAUGUCGAGGAGCCUUUAUCUGAUCACAGCUUACUGUCAUCUGGGAAGUCUAUAAAAGAUUUGAUAUUUGAUUUGACCACAUCAGGAUCUGGAUCUGGGUUACCUCUGCUUGUUCAGCGGACGAUUGCGAGAUCGAUUGUUCUCCAUGAAAUAAUUGGAAAAGGACGGUUUGGGGAGGUUUGGCGAGGGAAGUGGAGCGGAGAGGAUGUGGCUGUUAAAAUCUUCUCCUCUCGUGAUGAAAGGUCUUGGUUCAGAGAGGCUGAAAUCUACCAAACUAUAAUGCUACGACAUGAACAUAUCCUGGGGUUUAUUGCUGCUGAUAACAAAGAUAAUGGAACAUGGACCCAGCUGUGGCUUGUAUCUGAAUACCACGAACAUGGCUCAUUGUUUGAUUAUUUAAACUGCCACACUGUGUCUGUGGACGGAGUAAUAAUAUUGGCGCUUUCCAUUGCUAGUGGUCUUGUGCAUCUUCAUAUGGAGAUAAUUGGUACCCAAGUUGGAUGCACCCAAGGGUACUGCUGUUUGCAACAAUAUGGAAAACCUGCUAUUGCACACAGAGACUUAAAGUCGAAAAAUAUCUUGGUGAAAAAGAAUGGAACUUGUGCUAUUGCUGAUUUAGGCCUUGCUGUGAAACAUGACUCAGUUACAAACAUGAUUGAUAGACCUUCAAAUCACAGAGUAGGAACAAAGAGGUAUAUGGCUCCAGAAAUACUUGAUGAUAAAAUUAAUAUGAACAACUUUGAAUCAUUUAAACGUGCCGACAUCUACUCCCUGGGGCUUGUGUUCUGGGAAUUGGUGCGACGAUGCUCCAUCAGAGGAAUCCAUGAUGAUUAUCAGUUGCCUUACUAUGAUAUGGUGCCUUCUGACCCUUCUAUAGAAGACAUGAGAAAGGUUGUCUGUGACCAGAAACUGAGACCCAACAUUCCCAACCAGUGGCAAAGCUGUGAAGCACUCCGUGUGAUGGGUAAAAUAAUGCGUGAGUGUUGGUAUGCCAAUGGAGCCGCUCGCCUGACAGCGCUGCGCAUCAAGAAAACCCUCUCUCAGCUUACUGUAACUAGGGAUUUCAAAGUGUAGACAUGCGUCUGACUGUGUAGUCAACAUUUGUGCUACCUCAAGUAUAUUUAAGUGCCCAAAGCUGAACACUUUUAAAAACUGCCUUUGCUUCAAUACUUGGCAACGUGGCAGUUCGAUUGCAAUGUUACUAAGUAACUCACUGGCAAGCCUGAUGGCGUGAUUAGGUUGUUCACAAAGAUCGAAACAGUGUCUAAUGGAGGAAUUAAAAAUCGCCAUUUAUACUGAUUAAACAUCUUUUUGUAAGGAUGUGUAGAAACUUGUUAUCGUGGCAAUUUAGAAUUUUAUCAUUAGUUGUUUGGAAGAACUGCACUCCUUUAAGCAUCUCCUUUAAACAAAAAAAGGAAAUAAAUCAAAUUCCGGUAGAAUGAGGCCUCAAGGACCAAUAUCAGACUGGUUUAAAACACCUUGCCAUCAUACUAAAUAGUUUUAAAAUUGACAAGUAGUACGGUUUAUUUACCCUUGUUAAACAUAGUUGGAUAUAUUUUUUGAUGUAAAAAUGUACAGGUCUACAGGGAUUUAAAAAAGAGUCAUUUGCACACUCCCGGCACUCACACAGCAUGAUAAAUCAAGAACUCAGAACAGUUUUGCAUUGUAAUUAAGGACAACAAAUUGCUGGCCAAGCCAUUUCCACCAUGUUGACCUAAAUCAAACAGUUUGCCUCCUAACUCACUAAAGUGUACCUCGUCCAGCAAUAGUUUUUACCCAAUUAAUCUCACCUUUACAAAACACUAGCCAUAAUAAUAAA